AUGGAGCUUAGAGGACUUCUACUUCCAUUUUUCUGCAGUAUGAAGCCUGAAAUUUUGGUAUUCAGGUUCCACUCACCACCUGUGAAUUUUGAACAAAGAGAAUUGGACUCUCAGGUUCAAGGUCUCCACCCUUCACCUUUUACCACGUCAAUUGCACACUGCCGGGUUGUACGAAAUUGUUGUCAAACUGGGCGUGAUCGGAAGAUAAUUCAAAGUGACAGUAAGCCACUUGGUACUAAAUGUCCACAUAUCUGA